AUGGAUUCCGCUACUGUCAGGGCCUUGCUGGCGGCCAGCUUGGACACCGUCGCCGACAACAGGCGCCGGGCCGAGCUGCAGCUGAAGCAGGUCGAGGGUCAUGCCGGUUUCCUGAUCUGCCUGCUCGAUGUCCUCGAAGCAGAGCAAGAUGCGAGUGUCCGCCUUGCCACCGUCAUCUACAUCAAGAACCGAGUAAACCGCUCCUGGUACCAGGUCGAAGGCAUCCCUACCGAGAGCUCAAUAGCCGAGGAGGAGAAGGCCCAAAUCCGAGACCGCUUGGUGCCCAUCUUGGCCUCCUCCGAAGGUCUCGUCCGCCAGCAGCUCAUCCCCGUUCUGCAGCGCAUUCUACAGUGUGAUUUCCCCAGCCGAUGGCCGCGAUUCCUGGAAUUCACCCUCGAGCUGCUAAACACCAACAAUGCGAACUCUGCGCUGGCCGGUCUUCAGUGCUUGCUCGCAAUCUGCCGCGCUUUCCGCUACAAAUCCAACGAGAGCCAAGACCGAGCGCACUUUGAUAGCAUCGUCGAGGCUGGGUUCCCGAGACUCUUGGCUAUUUGCAAUGAGUUGGUGAACCAGGAGGGCGACGAGGCGAGCGAGAUGCUGCAUCUCGCUCUCAAAGCGUACAAGCAUGCUACUUGGCUCGAACUAUCGCCCUACCUGAGACAAGACCAAGUUAACAUUGCUUGGUGCACCGUCUUCCUUCAAACCGUCGCAAAAGCCGUCCCAGGCCCCGUUAUGAUGCUUGACGAGAACGACCGAGAAAAACAUCAUUGGUGGAAGGCCAAGAAAUGGGCUUAUUUCAACCUGAACCGCCUCUUUAUUAGACAUGGAAAUCCCUCUGCCCCCGGCAAGCAGGACGGAGCUCUCGACUUUGCCAAAAGCUUCGCCACCACCAUUGCUCCUGAAAUUCUGAAGCAUUACCUCCAAGAAAUCGAAAAAUGGGUAGCCAAGACCUCCUGGCUGAGCAGGCCUUGUCUGUCGUACGUCCUAGUCUUCCUCGAUGAAUCAGUGCGGCCCAAGGAGAUGUGGGUGCACUUGAAGCCACACUUGACGAAUUUGGUCACCCACUUUGUGUUCCCGGUGCUUUGCCUGUCCGCGGAAGACGUUGAGCAAUUCGAGGAGGAGCCCGAGGAGUACCUCCACCGGAAACUCAACUAUUUCGAGGAAGCGUCUGCUCCCGAUAUCGCAGCUACCAACUUCCUGGUCAACCUUACGAAGAACCGCCGGAAGGAGGUUUUUGAAAUUCUCAAGUUUGUCAACGCCGUUGUCAACGAGUACGAACAGUCUACCGAUGACAAGAAGAACCACAUUGCCAAGGAGGGAGCCCUCCGAAUGAUUGGAACCCUUGCCCCCGUCAUCCUCGGCAAGAAGAGUCCCAUUGCUGACCAGGUCGAGUAUUUCCUCGUCCGCUACGUCUUCCCAGAUUUUACCAGCCCCUUGGGUUAUCUUCGAGCCCGAGCUUGUGAUACUAUUGAAAAGUUUGAACAGCUCAACUUCCAGGACCGAGAGAACCUCCUUACCAUUUAUCGGAACAUUUUGGACUGCAUGGCAGACCCAGCCCUCCCCGUUCGGGUCACUGCCGCCCUUGCCCUGCAGCCAUUGAUCAGACACGAAGUUAUCCGAACCAGCAUGCAGCAAAGCAUCCCUACCAUCAUGCAGCAACUGCUCAAGUUGGCCAAUGAGGCUGACAUCGACGCUUUGGCCAAUGUUAUGGAAGACUUUGUUGAAGUUUUUGCUACCGAGCUCACUCCUUUCGCCGUUGCCCUGUGUGAGCAGCUGCGUGACACCUAUCUUCGUAUCGUGCGAGAACUUCUGGAGAAGGAGAGCAAAGCUGGCGAUGAUGGCGAGAUGUACAAUGAUUACGAUGACAAGAGCAUCACGGCGCUGGGUGUUUUGCAGACAAUUGGAACACUGAUCCUCACCCUCGAGAGCACCCCCGAUGUCCUCCUCCACAUUGAGGCCGUUCUCAUGCCAGUUAUAAGCAUUACGCUGGAGAACAAGCUGUACGACCUCUACAAUGAAGCCUUUGAGAUCAUUGACAGCUGCACUUUCGCCGCCAAGGGCAUCUCUCCCAACAUGUGGCAAGCCUUUGAGCUGAUUCAUACAACCUUCAAGGCAGGAGCAGAGUAUUAUCUCGAAGACAUGCUCCCCGCUCUGGACAACUUUGUUCAGUAUGGUGCACCGGCCUUGGUUCAGAAGCCAGAAUAUGUUCAAGCCCUCUAUUCAAUGGUGGCUGACAUGUUCACCGAUGCCGUCGAGGGAGGUGUUGAGCGGAUAUGCGCCUGCAAGCUGGCUGAGGCCAUGAUGCUUAGCCUCCGAGGCAGCAUCGAUAGCUGUGUCGAGGGUUUCAUCAACAUGGCCAUGAACAUCUUGGCCGGCCAGGACGUUAGAAUCAAGAGCUACAAGAUUCAUCUCAUGGAAAUGGUUAUCAAUGCUGUGCACUAUAACCCUAUGCUCACCCUGCAGGUGCUAGAGAGCAAUGCUUGGACCAACAGAUUCUUCAGCCUGUGGUUCGGCAGCAUGUCGUCAUUUAGCAGAGUGCAUGACAAAAAGCUAUGCAUUGUUGCCAUCUCCGCCCUGCUUAGCCUUAAUCAUGAGCAGGUUCCUGCCAGCAUUUCUGUCGGAUGGCCACGAUUGCUCCAAGGCAUUACUGAACUCUUCCGAACCCUGCCUCUUGCUAUGAAGAACCGAGAGGAUGCUCUCCGUGAUGAUUUCACCCUGGAUGCUGGCUAUGACUACGCCGAUGACGACGAGUGGGAUGAGAGAGAUGUAGCAUGGAACGAAGAAGAAGAAAUUGCUCCUGGAGGAGGUGAUGAUGAGUCGCCAGAGACUAAAGAUGAGAGCGCCGCUUAUCUUGAAUUCUUGAAUGAAGAGGCACAAAAGUUCAGUCGAGUCAUCGAUGAUGAGGAAGAAGAGGAGCUUGGAGAGGACAGUGUACUUCUCGAAUCUCCAUUGGACAAGAUUGAACCUUACCAGCUGUUCAGAGCGACUUUGCUAUCCAUGCAAAAUGAUCAGCCUCACUUCUAUGCCAACCUUGCAAGCCAUCUUUCUGCUGAAGAGCAGGCUCUCAUCCAAGACAUUCUCGUUAGGGCAGAGGAGGUAGCUCAAGCUCAGCUCCAGGCACAGCAAGCAGAGGCUGCUGCCAAUGGCGGCGCCAACUGA